ACGCCGGCACGCCCAGCUUUCUGGCCGGCUGCCCCCCUCUCCGAGCUUUCCCCACGGUCCGCCGGCGGCCCCACAGCAGCCGCUUCUUCUUGGGUCACCGGAGGCUGCUUCUCGUCCCCGGCCCAGCAACAGCCGCUUUUUCUCGACCCGUCAGCAGCCGUGGCCGUGGAACCUUGCAAGGGUUCCGCCACUCUCGCGAGAUUUCCACCACGCAUUUUUCUCAGCAGGUCUACGAGAAAUAAUUAUAUAGAAGAUAUAGAUAACCUCGGUGGGAAUCCGAUCCGCCAGAGCAUCCCGCGACAGAUGCUGCUUGGGCCGGCGCGCGGCAGCUAACUGCUCAACUCCACACCCGCGGCGAACCCACCAGGGCAACUUGAUAGUGGGCUCCGUAGCAGCCCUGCAAGACACGCUGGUGAUGGUGUUUCUGCUUCAACAGCACGAUCCCCGUGCAGAGCGGCGAGGAGGACCCGAGUCGCAAACCGCACAGUGCAGUAGUUCGGGUAGUGGAGGAAGCGCCAACAUGCCCGUCAUUUCCGAGGACGUGUGCGGGUGCAUCUGUGCGUUAGAGGAGCCGCCCUGCAGCUUAUUAAUAGGCCUCGAGGUUGAUGGAAGAUGCCCCAGUUUUUUCUUCAGCACAGAUGCCCCUUUGUGCCCCCACAUUUGAAGAAUUCUGCCCUUGGGGUCACGCUUGUAUGUACUCCCUGGACCCUGAGCCGGAAGACCCACCCGGCAAGCGCCUCCUAGCGGACGGUUCUAGUACAAAUGCCUCGGGCACGAGCCUCUCUCGGCGGCGCGAGCGCGUUCCAUUUCCCCAGGUUGAGGCUCGCUGCUGCUGCUGCGAGAGCCGAUCCGGGCAGAACAGGUUUCUGCCAGUUUGGGUGUGUGCUGGCUGCUGCUGCUGUGUAAGCACAUUGAGUACAAGUCAAAACUGUCACCACCCCAUACAAAAGACAGGGGCUAUCCAACACAACUGGAUAGCCAGCAAGAAAACGUCAUUCUAUGACACUGAGGCAAAGAAAUACUAUCAAACACUGAGCACAAAACCAGGAAGAGCUGCAGCCAGGUGAUCCUCCCUCCAUUCAGGCUGAGGGCCAAGAAACAGAGAUCUAUGAGGAUGCUCCAUGUGGCACAAAAUAUUUACGUCGCUUCUGAAGAAAGCAGGGCAGCAAGAGUUUUACAACAGCCAUGAGGAUGUUUGCAUCUAACUUCUAACUUUCUUGGGAUAUAUCCCAGUGGUAUAUUCCUGCUAUUAUGGAGAUUCUACUUCUUAAGUCGGUGCUGUUUAGCUGCUUCACUGGACUCUUCUGCUAUCACCAUCCAGACCUCUCUCUGAGUGGGAAAAGAUCUACCUACAGAAAACCAAAUUUCAUAGUAAUUUUAGCAGAUGAUAUUGGAUGGGGAGACCUUGGAGCCAACUGGGGUGUGAGAAAAGACACUCCUAACUUGGAUAAGAUGGCAAUAGAAGGAAUGAGAUUUGUAGAUUUCCAUUCAGCUGCCUCUACCUGCUCCCCAUCUCGUGCUUCUCUGCUGACAGGUCGUCUUGGCCUUCGCAACGGAGUGACCCACAAUUUUGCUGUGACUUCAGUGGGUGGCCUUCCACUGAAUGAAACAACGUUAGCAGAAGUUCUGAAAGAAGCUGGCUACCUCACAGCUGUGAUAGGUAAAUGGCACUUAGGACACAGUGGGGCUCAUCAUCCCAACUUUCGAGGUUUUGAUUAUUACUUUGGGAUUCCCUAUAGUCACGAUAUGGGCUGCACUGACACACCAGGCUAUAAUCUCCCUCCCUGUCCAGCUUGUCCCCGGCACUCUACAACAACAAGAAACCAGCAAAGAGGCUGUUAUCAUGAGGUAGCACUUCCUCUUUUCGAAAACCUCACUAUUGUCCAACAGCCUGUGAACCUAACCAGCCUGGCUGCAAAGUACACAGAGAAAGCGAUUCAGUUCAUCCACUAUGCAAGACAGAGCGGCCACCCCUUCUUCUUGUACCUUGCCCUGUCUCAUAUGCACGUUCCUUUGGUACUGGCUGAGUCACCCCGGAAUUUGUCUUGUCAAGAUCCAUAUGGAGCAAACCUGCGGGAGAUGGAUACCCUCGUGGGACAAAUAAAGGACAAAGUUGACAGCUCUGCGAAGGAAAACACAUUCCUCUGGUUCACAGGAGACAAUGGCCCCUGGGCUGAGAAGUGUGAAUUUGCAGGAAGCGUUGGCCCAUACACUGGGGUGUGGCAAAGAAAAAGAGAUGGUAGCUCAGCAAAGCAAACAACAUGGGAAGGGGGACAUCGUGUCCCCACGCUGGCCUACUGGGCAGGGAAAAUCCCGGCAAACGUGACAAGUUCUGCGAUGCUAAGCACUUUAGACAUAUUCCCUACCUUGGUGUCUCUGGCAAAUGCAAGUCUCCCUCCCAACAGGCAGUUUGAUGGUAUGGAUGUGUCCGAGGUUCUCUUUGGGCAGUCGAACAAAGGACACAAGCUUUACUUUCUGCCAGGAGCUGCAGACAGGUACAAGACACCAGCAUUCAAGAGCGAAUGUUGCCACGAUACAUUGUUCCAUCCCAACAGUGGGGCCGCUGGGAAAUAUGGAGAGAUACAGGCUCUUCGGCUGGGUCAGUACAAGGCAUUUUACCUUACAGGUGGUGCCAAAGCCUGCGAUGGAAGCAUUGGGCGGGAGCAGCUCCACCAGCCACCUCUCCUUUUUAACGUACAGCGUGAUAUUCAGGAGCAGGAUCCCCUGGACCCCAAGACUGCUGAGUAUCGUGCCAUCUUGCCAGCAGUAAGCAAGGCUCUGCAGGACAUUCUUCAUGAGAUUGCAGCAGACAACAUUUCCACUGUCGAUUACUCUCAUGACCCAGCUGUGAUACCUUGCUGCAACCCACAGCACUUGGUCUGCCGCUGCCAACAGGCUUAUUCCAGCUCUGCCUUGGGAACAUGUGGAAGGAUGCUGGAGUGAUGCUGAAUUUUGGACUGGUCCCACCAGCUGCUUCUUUGGUAUCAGCAUUUGUCAUUGAGGCUAUCUAGACAGAGGCAUUGUGGGAUUUAACUCUUCCAGCAAUCACUGCUCUCUGAAGAAGCUUCUUUCAUCCAUGGCUGGAAGUAGCUAUUGUAAUCAGUGUAUAGCUGCAAAUAUGAUGUUGCCUUGUUCCCUUAGUUUCAGUUGUGUCCAGGACAAGUUACCUACAUCCUGACAUCACAUUAUGCAUUUCCCCCUGCCCCUGUUAUGAUAGGACACAAGUGAGAGUUGUACUAGAAGAAACGCAACACAUGGCUAUCAUUUUGGCAAUAACUCUGGGUACAUUCUAACAGCUAGUUAUGGUUCAGGUAUCUCAGGGAAAGGUUUGGAUGUUUUGAAGCAUGUUCAAAUCAACUGGAAUCACUAAACGAUCUGGCAUAGCCAGCCCAGAAGAUUUGAAAAUUGAUUAAGACAACUGGCCCACAUUCAGCAUAGUAAAAUAUGAGUGGAUCAGCACCAUCCACACUGCUGUCUCCCCAACACUGCCAGUGCGGUCACAGAACAGGACUAUUCUGCUCUGAAUUUAAACUGUGGAAGCACAAAGUUGCGUGAUACUACCUGGUGUGCAAUUUGAAGUCUGAGUGAGACAGGUCUGUUCCACAACAGCAUCAGUGGUCUUGGAGACACAUGCAACAGCAUGGGUAAUGCUGAACCACCUGCUUUUUGCUGCACUCAAUGUGGGUCUCUGAGCUUUAACAACAACAACAACAUCUGUUAUUGCUGCAGUAAGCUGUUUAUGAAAGUCAUGGUUAUAAGUUUCUCUUUAUAAUUGUGAGGGUCAGGUAUGUGUUUAAAUAAAAGUCUCACGCUUCA